AUGGCGAUGAUUAAUUUUCAAAGGACCUUAUCAUUGAACGCCCCCACUUCCUCUGCUUCUUCAUUCUUUUGCUCAAACACGUUAGCUUCUUCAGCUCUGCGACUCCGCCGCUCCAUGGCCAAGUUGCAGUACAGGGCAUUUGAGACUUACCCAUGCGUUUGCUUGCCAUCUUCCCCGAUUUUGACUGCAAGUAAAUACAGAAAUUAUUCUCAGCUUAAGUUAAAAAAAUCUGGAGUUUCUUGCAUGAUCAUGAUAAACCCUGCAAAGGUUGGACCUAGUUUUCAUUCUUUCAGAAGAAGUGGUGAUGGGUCUGAACGUGCCUUUUCUAAUUUAAAACCUGGUUCCCUGAAUUCUUUGGGUCCUGGUAAUAUUAUCAGUCCCGGGUCUUUCGGAAGUGUAGCUAAUUAUAGCAUUGGAGGUUUUGCCAAGAGGUUUUUUUCUCAAGUUCCACAUGUGACAAGCAAAUUAGAGAGUGUUGGUGCCCAAAAUGGCAAGUAUUCUGUAAGUACAUCUUUUUUCAAACAGCUCAGUAAACGGAGGAAAAGGGAAAAGGCAUUGGCGGCUCAAAGCAAAAACGAAGCUACCGUUUCUAGCAUCUCCAAAGAUGUUGAUGUAGAAGCUUCAACUGAACGACAGAUUGGAAGUGAGAAGGGAGAUGGAAAACUGGGAUCUUUCCUUUCAAAUUCGCCUAUAAUCAAUGAUAACCAGGUCCCUAAAGUCAAAGGAAAAAAGAGGUCGAAAAGCAAGAAAACUAAAGAACAAAUUUCUGCUGCUAAUGCCCCAGCAGAAGCUGCUGCGACACAAAGUUCUAAAGGUACUUCUCAAACAAAGAAAUCUGGUAGUACCAAAAGUGGCAAAAAAUCUGCACAGGAUUCAGAGUUGAAUUUCACGGGAAAAGCUCCUGUAGAAAUUAGUGAUGGUUCUUCAAUAAAACCCCAGCCAAAGAAGAAAAGUGGGAACUCUAGUAGAAAGGGAAAGUCUAUAACUUCAGAUUCCAAGUCACCCCAGAAACAUAUACCACAAAAAAUGGGCAAAGUGAAACCUCAAGGAAAAAUGACACUGAAGCAGCUGUACCCCGCGACUGGGAGAACUGUCGUGGUUGUGGAGUCUGCUACAAAGGCAAAGGUUAUUCAGGGUUAUCUUGGUGAUAUGUUUGAAGUGCUGCCUAGCUAUGGUCAUGUAAGGGACUUGGCAGCUAGGUCAGGAUCUGUAAGGCCUGAUGAUGAUUUUAGUAUGGUGUGGGAAGUUCCAUCCGCUGCCUGGACUCAUCUUAAGAGCAUAAAGGUUGCACUAACUGGAGCAGAAAAUCUUAUUCUUGCAUCAGAUCCCGAUCGUGAAGGAGAGGCUAUUGCUUGGCACAUUAUUGAGAUGCUGCAACAACAGGAUGCUUUACGUGAAGAUAUUAAUGUAGCAAGGGUUGUCUUUCAUGAAAUCACUGAGACCUCUAUCAAAAGUGCUCUGCAAGCUCCAAGAGAAAUUGAUGAAAACUUGGUCCAUGCUUACCUUGCACGACGUGCUCUUGAUUACUUGAUUGGAUUUAACAUUUCACCACUGUUAUGGAGGAAACUACCAGGUUGCCAGUCUGCAGGGCGAGUCCAAUCUGCUGCACUGGCUCUUCUAUGUGACAGAGAAAUGGAAAUUGAUGAAUUUAAACAGCAGGAAUAUUGGACUGCUGAGAUUGAAUUGAACCAAAAAGAACCAGGUUCAUCAGUAAAUGCCCCAGACUUCUCAGCGCACUUGACCCAUUUUGAUUCCAAAAAGUUAAAUCAAUUUUCUAUUGACUCUCAUACCAAGGCAAAAGAAAUUGAACAGCAGAUUAAUUCACAAAAUUUUCAAGUGGUCAGCUCUAAGAAAAACAAAAUGCGGAAGAAUCCUCCCACACCGUAUAUAACAUCAACACUUCAACAGGAUGCGGCAAACAAAUUACAUUUCAGUGCAGCAUAUACAAUGAAGCUUGCACAGAAACUUUAUGAGGGGGUUCAAUUAUCAGAUGGUAAGGCAGCGGGUUUGAUCACAUACAUGAGAACAGAUGGACUACACAUUUCUGAUGAAGCCUGUAAGGAUGUGCGCUCCUUGGUAAUUCAAAGGUAUGGACAGAAUUUUGCAUCAGAAAGUCCACGCAAAUUUUUUAAAAAGGUGAAGAAUGCUCAAGAGGCCCAUGAAGCGAUUAGACCAACUGAUGUUCGAAGAUUGCCAUCCUUGUUCCGUGGGAUGCUUGAUGAAGAUUCAUUGAAGUUGUACACUCUUAUUUGGUGUCGGACAGUGGCAUGUCAAAUGGAGCGUGCUACAAUUGAGCAGAUACAACUUGAUAUUGGAAAUGAGGGCGAGUCCAUUGUUUUCCGAUCUUCAUGCUCAAGGGUUGAGUUCCUUGGAUAUCAGGCAGUCUUUGAGGACGUGGAAGCUCAAGCAGUCAAGUAUAAAGAGAAUGAAGGGAACAGUCGUAAUGAAGGUUUUGGACUUCUUAAUUCCUUGAAGCGUGGGGAUCCAUUAUAUGUUGGUAAAGUGGAACUCAAGGAACACCACACUCAACCUCCUGCGCGCUACUCUGAGGCAUCAUUGGUUAAGAAAUUGGAGGAACUUGGGAUUGGAAGACCUUCAACUUAUGCAAGCACAUUGAAAGUUUUACAGGAUAGAAACUAUGUGACAGUGAAAAGCCGUGUGUUACAUCCAGAAUUUCGUGGUCGUAUGGUGUCAGCAUUUCUCGGCCACCAUUUUUCCGAGGUUACAGAUUAUAGUUUUACUGCUGAUAUGGAGACUGAGCUUGAUAAUGUCUCUGCUGGCUUAACUGAAUGGAAGGGCCUCCUUAGAGAUUAUUGGACCCGAUUCAGUGCUUACUGUGACCGUACCAGUACUGUUCAUAUUCAUCAGGUGGAGAAGAUGAUGGAAAAAAAAUUUGGUGACUUCUUGUUUGCUUCUCUUCCCGAUCAAAGCAGGACAUGCCCAUGUUGUAUGGAAGGCAAUUUGAUUUUCAAAGUGAGUCGGUUCGGUGCAGGCUAUUUUAUUGGUUGUGAUCAACACCCAAAGUGCAAGUACAUUGCUAAGACAUUAUAUGGUGAUGAUGAAGAAGAAGAGAGUACUCCGAAGAACAGCAGUGUGGAGGAACCAAAAGUGCUAGGUCUUAGUCCAGGUUCCAAUGAAAAGGUUCUUUUGAAAAAUGGUCCAUAUGGAUCCUAUGUACAACUUGGUGAAGACAGGAAGGGAAACUCACCUAAAAGAGCCUCUGUAUCCCAUAUAAAGGAUGUGGGUUCAAUUACCCUUGAAGAUGCUCUGGAGUUAAUGCGCUAUCCUGUGACAUUGGGUAACCAUCCAGAGGAUGGGCAACCGGUGAUUAUAAAGGUGGCAAGGGUUGGGUUUGCAGUUAGACAUCGGCGCACAAUUGCUUCUGUUCCUAAGGUCUACAAGAAUAAGAAACCCAGUGAAAUCACCCUGGAAGAUGCAUUGGAGCUUUUGUCAAGCAGUAAUGUAAGACGAUCCGGUCGACCUAAGAGCAAACCAAAGGUUGAAGAAGAAGUCAUGUUGGAAGCCGUGUAG